UAUGGGAUCUUUUUUAUCCCAACCAAAUACCCAGAAAUCCCAUGAAUAUUAAUUUAGUGGUUAUUUAUCAUGUUAUACUACUGCCAUGCAAGGUAAAUAAUUAAUAUUAAACAAUAGGAUGGCGAUUAUAAAUGGAAGAUGCUCAUCUGAUGAAACCUAAUUUUAUUGAAAAUAUUUCUUUAUUUGCUGUAUUUGAUGGACAUGGUGGUUCUGGGAUUUCGAAAUUUCUAGCUGAUAAUUUCAUGAAUGUGCUUAUCUCUUAACCUGCAUUUGAAAAAAUGGAUUUUAUGCAAUCACUUCAUGACACAUUUUUAUAGCUGGACGAUAUGAUUAAAAAUAAUGAAAUCAAAAGUAUAUAUUUUAUAAUAAAUCAAAAGAUACAUUUAUAGGUUCUACUGCUGUCGUAGCAUUAAUAGUAGAAAAAAUGCUUUAUGUAGCCAAUUUAGGAGACUCUAGAUGUUUAUUGAUGAGAGAUGAUGAAACCAUUGAACUAACUAAAGAUCACCUUCCAAGCAAUGAAUUGGCGCGAAUUAGAUAUGCUGGAGGCUUUGUUGAUGAAUAAGGUCGUCUAAAUGGUACUUUAUCAGUUUCCAGAGCUUUUGGUGAUUUUGAAUUCAAGCAGGAACCUUUACCUGCUAAUUAGUAAAUGGUUAUAGCAGAACCUGAAAUCAGGAAAAUUAAGUUAAAUAAAGAUGAUCGGUAAUUUACUAUAAUCUAAUGUUUAUUAGUUUUCUCUUUUUGGGAUGCGAUGGUGUAUUCGAAACCUAAAACAGUUAUAAAGUGAUGGAGUUUAUCUCUGCACGUGUAGCUGAGAAACAAGAACCUUCCAUUGUUUUGGAACAAUUACUUGAUACUUCUUUAGCUGCUGACACUUCUACUGGAUAUGGUUGUGACAACAUGACUGCUAUGCUAAUAUUAUUAAAUUAAUGA